UACCUUCCAGAUUUGUUGGGAGAAAAUGGGCCUCUGCUACAGUUCAUCAGUCCAGCUCAGACAGACGCUGAGCUCAAGAGAGCUGCAGUGUACUGCAUGGCAAAUUUGUGCCUCAGCCUCCCUGGACAGCAGCAUCUAGAAGAACCUUACAAAGAGAUCUGCUUUCAGACAUUCCUCAAUGUAUUACAGUCUUCAAAAGAACCUAGUGUGGAUGACAUCACCUUUUGCAUGUUGUUACAGAAUGCGUUGAAAGGCAUCCAGUCACUCUUAUACGGUGGGGAAAUGAAGCUAAUUCAACCCGAUCAACUUGGCUCCCUGCUUGCUGUCUUAAAGAAAUGCAUGUUCCACGGACUUCCUGGAGUGAACAUAGAAAUGCCAGCCAUCUUGUACCCAACACUGCUUCCUCAGUAUGACAGCAGGUCACUGGUCAAACAAGAGAAGUCCAUGAUAUGCAACUUGAAGCCGCCAGUG